CAAUUAGGGCUACUGUCUACUGCGCAGAGAAAUAAAAGCCCUCAAUAGCUGCCGCUUCGUUUUCUUCUUCUAUUACACGCCCUUUCUUCCAACGACAGCUAGGGUUUUCUGGGCAUCUCUUCUCCCACAUGGGUCCCAAAAAAGUUGUCAAGGCCCCAGUUUUGGCAAAGAAGAAACCUGAAAAGGUUGUGAAUCCUUUGUUUGAGAAGCGAACAAAGCAGUUCGGAAUUGGGGGUGCACUCCCACCAAAGAAGGACUUGACUAGGUUUGUCAAGUGGCCUCAUGUUGUUCGUAUUCAGAGACAAAGGAGGAUUCUGAAGCAACGUUUGAAGGUUCCUCCUGCUGUUAACCAGUUCACAAAAACACUAGACAAGAACCUUGCUACACAACUCUUCAAAUUGCUUCUCAAAUAUAGACCUGAGGACAAGGCAGCUAAGAAGGAAAGGCUUCUUAAAAGGGCACAAGCUGAAGCUGAGGGUAAAACUGUUGAAUCAAAGAAACCCAUUGUUGUUAAAUAUGGUCUUAACCACGUUACUUACCUCAUUGAGCAGAACAAAGCCCAAUUAGUGGUUAUUGCACAUGAUGUUGAUCCAAUUGAGCUUGUUGUUUGGUUGCCUGCUUUGUGCCGUAAAAUGGAGGUCCCUUAUGCAAUUGUGAAGGGCAAGUCACGACUUGGAGCUAUUGUUCACAAGAAAACAGCUGCAGCUUUAUGCCUUACAUCUGUGAAGAAUGAAGAUAAAUUGGAAUUUAGCAAGAUUUUGGAAGCAGUCAAGGCCAACUUCAAUGACAAGUUUGAUGAGCACCGCAAGAGGUGGGGUGGUGGCAUCAUGGGCUCCAAAUCUCAAGCAAAGACCAAAGCUAAGGAGAAGCUCUUAGCUAAGGAGGCCGCACAGAGAAUGUCUUGAGCCUUCUAAUAGUGUAAGAGAGUUAUAAUCAGAAAGGAACUUGUGAUAAUGAAUUUUGCAUUUGUUAUUUUGAUCAUAUGGGUUGUUUUUAUGUACUAGUUUGGCAUAGAUGGAGUAGUUAAGAUAUUUGACCAUUUUCUCUUGUUUACAUUGUGGUGGGAGAAUGAAUAUUUUUGUAGUUGGAAAUGCAGAUACGAUGGGCUUUUUGUUA